AUGAUGCUGUACUUUGGAUCAGAGUAUCUCCGACUAGCCGAUGCCCAGCAGAGCACGGCAAUCCUGAUGUCCAUCAUCGUUCGCUUGGCAAUGCAUUCAGGAAUGCACAGAGACCCAAGCCAUUUCAAAGGCAUGUCAGUCUUUGAAGGCGAGAUGCGCAAGCGCCUCUGGACAAUCGUCACCGAAAUCGACGUGCUCAUAGCCUUCCAAUUCGGCCUUCCCUCUAACGUGCAGUCUCAAUAUUUCGACACAGGUCUACCUCGCAACCUCCACGAUAGGGAUUUUGACGAGGCUACAGUAAAGCUACCCCCUGAGCGUCCGAUGACCGAGGUCGAGCGAACGCCAGUGAUGUACACGAUUGUGAAAUCCAGACUUGUGGUGGUAUUUAGCGAUAUUGUCUCGCGCAUGGCAAGUCGCAGCAGUCCCGACUACGGAGAGGUCCUACGCUUGGAUGAGCGGUUGGAAAGGGCGCAUGAAGAAAUCCCUCCCGUCUUACGAGAUCGAUCGUUCACUCUUUCCGUCGAAGACACUGUCGAUUUAAUCAUGCAACGGCUCUGGAUAGAGCUCAUGUACCUGAAGGCUCGCAUCGUCCUCCAUCGCCGGUACUUCACACUUGGACGCAAAGAUAUCCGAUUCGCGCACUCCAGAUUCGCCUGCAUCAAUGCGGCCACCAAAAUAUUGGAGAUUCAGUUCAACGUCAACGAGGAGUAUAAGCCUGGAGGCCGUCUAUCACGCGAUCGCUGGUUCGUCUCCAGUCUGAGCACUCACGACUUUCUCCUUGCGGAUAUGAUGCUUUGCCUGGAGUUGUCUCACCUUUUACGCCCCGAAGGCCGCAACACGAUUGGGAUACACAUUGACAAGGAGCCUCUCCUUUCCAUUCUUCAGGCGUCUAGAGAUAUUUGGAAGUCCAACCGGAAAGAUUCCAGCGAAGCCGUUCGAGCUUUCAAGAUUUUGUCUCGUAUGCUUAGCUUGUCGACUGGAGACCAUUACGAGAGCACUCCGGAGACGGUUAGCUCAGAUGGAGUGCAUGAUCCCGUCAUACCUACGUACAUGCCUCAGCAACCCGUAGAAACUGCAUGGAUGGAGCAAGAUGGAUCUGCUCGAUGGGGAUACAUGCCAACCGCGAGUUCGUCAGAGUCCAUCCCAAUUCCUAUGACGGGAGUGGACACGGCCAUGACCUUGGACUGGAGUGUCUGGGAUACCAAGGUCCAAGAUCCAAACGUGGAUACGAUCGACUUGCCAUGGCUGAAGAGCUUUACAGACUCUCUCAACGGGUAG